AUGAACAGUAUUGGUUCUUCAAUAGAAGUAGAAACUCUAGAGGUUUGCCCACAAUUUAAAUCUGUAGAAUUGAUAAAUCAGUUAGAGGGUAAUGGUUUUAUUCAUAUAGAAACCAAAGAAAAAGAGUCACCAAACCAUUUCAUUGAAGAUAAUAACUACGAUAAGACAAAGUCACAAAGUAAAGAAGCAGAUAUAAUAAAAAGAGAAGAGUGGUUGUACUACAGAGGUAUCUACCAAAAAAGAUUGAAAGAUAGAGAGUUAUUUAAAAGACGAUGUAAACGAUGUGGUGAAUUUGGGCAUUUACCAAAAGAAUGUAAGAAUGAACCAAAAUUUAAAGAAGAUAUUAUAAAAGAAAUUGAAACAACACGAGGAAAACAAACAUUUAGAAUUAAUUGUCACAGUAAGAAAACAAUAAACCAACAAAAAUAUGAACACCAUAGAAAAUUACCAAUUCAAAAAUUUCAAAAAUUAAAAGUACCAAUAAAUUGUAGAUAUUAUUGCGAUUAUUGUAGAGAAUAUGGUCAUAAAACAUUUGACUGUCCACAUAAAUAUUAA